UGUAACUUGUGCCAAACAAGCAUCGUAAAUGACAUGUCGCUCAUACGAAUGCGUGAUAUACUUACACAUUAAGCUAUUAUGGUGUUGCUAUUAAAAAAUAAAAAUGCUUCUUACGUAGAAAAGUGUUUGGUAUAUCCAGUUACGUUUACGGUACUACAAUGCGACGUGUUUAGGCUUAAUACCUUUGAAAUGCGGAAAAGUAUGUUUGUAUUUACUUUACCAAAUUCAGGAAUAAAAACAGAACGAAAUCAGACCAGUGGAAUACAUCUGAAUAGAAGUGAUCUCUGCGAAGAUUAAAGAGUUCUAAAUAUAUAAACAAUAUCGGAAAUCUAAAAAAAAGACAAUGGAACAUAUGUUGACAGUAGAAGAUAUAGAUGCGCUUGAUGAUAUAGGGACGGCGUUUGAGAUAUGUGAGACGUAUGAUAUCCCCACAGUGGGACUUGAAACAUUAGAAGACAUUGUUAAACGUCUCAAAAUGCAUUACCUUGCCAGAAAACAUGGCAGUUACAGGAAAAUGAUUAGCGAUUCCGUGGCUCGUGAUGGCAAAGAAGACAAAGCUAAGCGACAACAAUUGAUCGAGAUGUUCCAGAAACUGCUGAGGAUAGUUCAGCCCUCCGAUGAGUCCGAACGACAGAAGUUCGUGCCCGACUUUCUCUCCAGCGAAGGAACAACGGAUAACAUUGUGGAAGACUGCAACAAGCGCAUUCGCGAGCUGGGGAAAGACGAGGUGGUUCUGCUCGUAUCAGGCGAAACAAAUGCCGGCAAAUCAAGUUUCUUGAACGUGUUGUUCGGGAUGGACAUUCUCCCAGCAAGCGCCAUAUGUUGUACCUCUCUCAUCACCUCUGUACGAUACGGCCUACGGCGACAGUUCGAAGUUAUCUACAAGGACCAAAGCAGGCCCAUUUUUGAGACGGAAAGCCUUGAUGAGUUUCACAAGAUCGCAUUUCCUCGUGGGAAAGAGAGGGAGGUUGACCACGGGGUGAAGGAAGCACGAGCCUAUUUGCCAUUAGAUAUCCUUAAGGGUGGCCUUGUUCUAACGGAUUCACCGGGUAUUGGUGAGAACGACUUUUUGGAAAACUAUUUAAUGGAGUACAUAGCCGAGAAUGACAUACUCGGCUUCAUCUACGUAAUAUUCUCCGACAAUGCCGGUGGUGUUCAGGAAGACAGGCUCCUUCAAUUACUAAAACUCGUUAUGCAACAACAAAAGAAGAACGACAAAGCUCUUCCGUUUGAUCCCAAAGCCGCCCUGUUUGUAGCCAACAGAUUCGACGUCGUUGAGGAAUCGGCAAAAGAAACGGUCAAGUACCAUAUACAAUCUAAACUGAAGAGCUGUUACCCGCAGUUCGAUGACUCGAAAAUAGUAUUUUUUUCCGCGCAGAAUGCCAAACGCGAUAUAACAGCUCACCCUGAUUACAUCAGUGAUAACUUCCGGACUCUCCUCGACUCUCUAAGCAGGCUGUAUUCGUAUGUCACAGAACGCCGUCUCCGGGUUUAUUACAAAUGGAUUGAGCAUGUUCUUCAACGAGUUAGUCAUGUAAUGAAAUCUGCGACAACACGACUGGCGCUGUCACAACGAGAAAACACUGAACGAUCGCGUAGGCACAGAAAUAGAUUGAAGAAAUUAGAGACUGAUACUGAUGACGUCAUUAAGGAACUCCGGGCGGAAGUUGUGGAUCAAACUAACAAGAUAUCGCACGAGCUUCAAAGGCACCUGCUACAACCUAUGACAAAAAUGCGCCUUACUUCGUCGUGGAAAAACGGCGAAAUACCGCAGGUGACGUCCGAAAUUCGUCAUGCAAGUCACUGGUUAUGGAUCAAACAACGCGUUGACACAGCCUUUUACGAUAGAGUAUAUACAGAACUGGAAGACUGGAGUUUUGAAAACAACAACAUUGAUAAGAUUGAAGCGGAAAUAGUAGAAUGCAUCGAGACAAAACUUGGCGUUUUGCAAGCUGAAAUUACGUCAUCGGAGAAUGCAAUCGAUGCUACCAAACAGUCAACCGGUUCCUCGGAUAGCGAAACCCGGCGAACGUCAUUUAAACGUGUCAGUUUGAAACCAAGUCUGAUUGAAGUACCUGACAAACUGCCUGUGAAAUUAUCUCAUAGAAUUAAACCAUUCUUUGCGUUUGGGAGGAAGAAGGAGGCAUUUAAAUUCGAAAAAGAUCCGGUGCAAUGGGCUGGGAGGCGAUCAGAAAAGUUGCUGUCAAAGUUAUUGAAAAAUAAGAAACACAACGGAAAGGGCCCAUUAGACAUUUUGCUGGAAGUUCUAAUGCAAAGGCCUUCCGACAUGAUUGAUCUUCUGGAAAAAAAGAUACCUACACUCAUUAAUGCGAACGUAGGGCUUUUGGAUAAACUCGAAGAACUCGCCGUGGAUCACAAGCGAGAUGCGUAUAUGUAUGAAAAAAUGCUAGAAGAAAUUGAAGGGCUGAAAACUAUACUCAAACAUUACGGGGAAGGUUAUGUUUUUGUUAAUGAUUUCAAACUUAGUGAAAUCCGCAUCAUAACUGGCCACCUUGGUGACGGUCAGAGCCUCCAUAAAACUUUCCGUGUAAGCUGCAUCAUUAAGCAAGAUGAGCCAAGUAUCGAAUGGCCUAUCGCAAGAGAUGCUCCCCACGGUCUGUGGACCUAUUUGCAUGCUGGGGUUUUUCAGAGAGAUGGGGCGGAGAGGCCAAUAACGAUAAAAUUGUACACGACAGCGUCCGGCAUGAGAUGCAACCAACGCGAGGUCGCAAAACUGAGAUCACUCUUGAGUACAGACUCCCAUCUGGCCGAGUUCUUGGGAAUACAUCACACCGAUGCAAUAAUUCCUGCGUAUAUAUUUGAUCAAAGACUGGUGUCACUGUCGAAGUUUCUGAACAAUUACGACAAACCGGACAAUUAUUUUCACAAGGUUUUGCUCGAAACAGCCAACGGACUGUUAAACCUCCAUUCAAUGGGGCUUGUACACAUGGAGAUUUCACAACAUACCAUAACAGUCACAGAGAAAGGAGACGUAAAGCUUACAGGGGCGUGUGUACCACGAAAGGCGUCGUUCCCCAUUGACGGUGAAGCAAAGGUGGGCAACUUCGUAUACCUGCCUCAUGAGGUCUUGAACGAUGAAUUGUACAUCACAUCUGGAGACGUGUAUGGGUUCGGACUGUUGAUGUAUGAACUGAUGUACGAUCGACUGGCGUUCGAUGCUCAAAGGUCUUACAGAAUUCGUGAUUUUGUUCAAGACCUUAACCCUGAGGCCAUGUUGCGUUUAGACCAGGAUAGCGGGGGACUCCCCAGUACAGUUGUUCGCCUCGUCCAGAUUUGCGUGAAGAAGUUGAAUAGCGAAAGGUCAACGAUCAGCACUAUACUCAACCAACUUCAGCUAUUCGGUGACGAUCUGUCGAAAGCUUCCAGACGGUCAGUCAGAGAAGCUAGCUGGCGCCCACCGAGAGGAGUAUUCUGCAGAAAUAUGCAUUGACGAGUUCAGCCAAAAUAAAUAAAAUCGAUUUAUAACUGAAGGUGCCAGAAUAUAUCUUACUAAUCAUAUACGCAAAGAAAUAAUUAACAAAGGGUUGUAAUCUAGAUACCUACAUGAUGUUGGUUUGUUUAUGAAAAAAAUGUCUGUUUUAUGUCUACAACAUGAGGGGCUUAAUGACAAAAUUUGAGCAACUUGGAGUAUUCCGUGAUUGUUUACUGAACUGUUGUUUUGCAAUAACUAUUUUGUUAGGAAUUUUGUAAAUUUACUCCGCAAUGAUAUGAACAACAAGAGCCACGCAAAUGUAUUAAGUCCGGUUUUCCAAAAGCGAGGCGCAAAUUUAAUCUAUUAUAGAUGCAUAAACAAGGGUGUGCAUAACGUCCUAUGUCAAACUUAAACGCUUACUGCAAUCAUAUGUAAUUCGCAAUUUGUUUGAUUUAUGAUGCGAUAAAUCAGCUGUUUGUAUUUCUUUAAUGACCAAAUGUCGUUUGUUAAUGCCAGUCCACGCAGAUUAAUCUCCAUUGUAGUUACUAUAAGUAGCUAUUCAAUGUUGUUUUUGUAUUAUGUUUGUUUAAAUUUAGUUUUAAUUAUGUUGGCAAUUGUUUGACUUUAAACAUAUUAAUAUAUGUAAACUAUAGAACUAAAUAGUAUUAAAACAUAUUAUACAUAGUUUUCGAUUUUACUUAAAGGUAUUUAGUAUGUUGAUAUGUUGAAAAUGAACUUUGUUUGCAAGUAUUUAUUUCUAUCAAAUGUUUAUAUUUGCUUGAAAUAGUUCUUUUCUUUUUUUUUAAACCUAAAUCCCGCUAUUAUGCUGUAAAAUAUUCAAAUAUGUGUGUCAAAAAUCAACGAUAAAAAUAAGCGAAUUGUUUAUUUUACCUAUCUGAUUGUGUCUGUGUCUGUGUAAUUCGACUCAAACCGCAACAUAACUUAAAGAGACAUCCGCGGACCGCGCAAUCAAAUAUACCAAAAUUUCAGUAUUAUGCAAGAUAACUUUUUAUUGGUUUACCUACAAAGUCAGAGGGAGUUAUCAAGUAAUAGUCAAAAUGGCCUUUUUCUGAUAUGGCUGGGAGGUGAGCGUCAUUUAAAAAUAAAACGAAAGUAAUUAAGGGUAUAAAAUGGCGAAAAAUACCUGUCUCGGCAUUGACGUCGCCAAAUCGACUAUCACGUGAUUAUCCCCUCUGAAAGUAUUAAUAAUUAAAUUAGUUGUGUUUUUAAGUUUUGCGAUCAUAACGCGUAUGCUUUCUUUGAACUCCUUAAAGCAAACCAUAAACAAUUUAAUUGGUCGAUAAUUUAUUGUCUUAAACUUAAACCAACACACGAAUAUGAACGAGGCAUGAAAAGUGUAAAUAAUAUUAUUUACUUAAAUGAAGUUCAAAACAACAAAUUUAAAUGUCGAUAAUAGUGUACAUGUCUAUGUGAAUGCAUGAGAUUUCUACUUGAGAAAAUAGAAACAUUCGCAUUUGUAUUAAAAUCUCAUCGCGUAGAUUGUCUAUGGCCAUUUCUAUGAAAUUGUGAUAUGUUUCAUUCAUUAACGUUUUAUUUGAUCUUAAAAUAUCCUUAAGCUCGCAUUAGUACUCGUUCUAAGUGUUACAUCACACCCUAAUGAGUUAUUUAAAGGGACCUUUUCACGUUUUAGUAAAUUGUCGUUGUAGUUAUGAUAUUUGUGAGGAAACAGUAAUACUAAACAUCCACCAUGCUCUAAAAUAUCAAUUAUAUGCAUCUGUUGACGAUUUAAAAACCUGAACAUUAUAAAGCGUUGCAACGCGAAACGAUUGAAUAAAUUGGAGAGUUUU